CUUUUAUUAUAUUAGAGGGUUAAAAUGGUUUCUAUUGUUAAAAAAAUGGAUGAAUUGAACCGGAAUGAAGAAAAAGCGUUAAAAUGCCUUUGGUUGCUUAUUUUUCUACAUUUUAAGAAGAUUAAUACAGAAGAAUUGGGAGAAUAUGUUUUAUUAAAUGAGGAGAAUUAUGGAUUUGGAAAAAAAAAUGAUUUUUUCCCGAAAAAUUCAGAAGAAAUGGGACAUUUUGAUAAUAAAAAUGUUUCCAAGAAAUUAUUGAAAGAAAGGCAUAUUUUGAGCUGCUUUUUUUCACUAUAUGAUGUAUUCUGGGAGAUGGUUAAGAUGGACCAUCCAGAUGUUGUAUUAUUGCGUUUUUUAAGGGCAAGAAAAUGGGAUACCAGUAAAUCGUUUAUUAUGUUAGCAACAACGGUUUAUUGGCGUAAGGAAAUAGGUGUUGAAGAAAUCCUUAGAAAGGGAGAAGCAGGUGCUAUUGAAACGGGGGAUGAUGCGUUUAUGAAACAAUUAAGACUUGGGAAAAGUUUUAUUCAAGGUGUUGAUCGGGAGAAUCGUCCUAUUUGUUAUAUUCGAACGCAUUUGCAUAGGGCAGGGGAACAACCUGAUCUAACGAUUCAUCAAUAUACUAUUUUGUUAAUGGAAAGUGCACGAUUAAUGAUUACAUAUCCUGUUCAAACAGCGACGAUUUUGUUUGAUUUAACCAAAUUUUCGCUUAAAAAUAUGGAUUAUAUACCCAUCAAGUUUUUAAUUAAAUGUUUUGAAGCACAUUAUCCUGAAAGUCUUGGUAUCUGUAUUAUUCAUAAAGCACCAUGGGUAUUUCAAGGGAUUUGGAAAGUUAUUAAAACUUGGCUUGAUCCUGUUGUUGUUAAGAAAGUUUGUUUUACAAAUUCAAACGAAGAUUUAGAAGUUUAUAUCAAAGAUACAGAGAUUAUCAAAGAAUUGGGCGGAAAAAAGGAUUGGGAAUAUAAAUACAUCGAACCCAAAGAAAAUGAAAAUAUCAAAAUGCAAGAUAUUUUAACCAAAGAACGUUUAUUAUUAGAACGAAAAAAUAUAAUCAAUUCUUUCGAACAAUUGACUAUAAAAUGGAUUAAAGAAUCCGAUAUCGCACAAUCUGAUCUUCUCUUAGAACAACGUAACUUCUUAGCAAAAAAUAUCGAAUCAAAUUAUUGGCAAUUGGAUCCUUACAUACGUGCUAGAACAUUUUAUGACAGAACUGGCUCUAUUUUUCAAGCUUAAUCUCUAUAUAUAUAUCCUUUCGACUCAAUUUUAUCCCUUUUUAU